UAUUACAUAUUAAACAUGUGCCAUAGAGGCUAUACCUCAGAAUUGAACAGCAGACAUCUUGUGACGAUAAAAGCUUUUAGUUUUUUAGGCGUAACUAUAGGGUAGAAAAUGAGUUCUCAGAGUCAAAUUUCAGAGGAGGAUCUGCUGUGUCCUGUUUGCUAUGAUAUCUUCACUGAUCCUGUGCUUCAGUUAUGUAGUCACAGUGUCUGUAGAGCUUGUUUGGAAGAGUUCUGGAGCUCCAGAGGAUUUCAGGAAUGUCCAGUCUGCAGGAAAAGGUUCACAGGAAGUCAAACACCUACUAAUCUUGCUCUGCGGAACGUGUGCGAGUCGUUCUUGCAGAAGAGAGGUUCGUCUGAGGUGUUCUGCGACGUGCACGGAGAGAAACUCAAACUCUUCUGUCUGGAUGAUAAUCAUCCUGUGUGUCUGGUGUGCAGAGACUCAGAGAAACACCUGAAUCACACAUUCAGACCCGUUGAUGAAGUUGCCCCGCUUCUAAAGGAGGAAAUGAAGACUUCAUUGAAAAAGUUACAAGAAAAACUCCAGAGCUUUAAAGAAAUAAAACAAACAUUUGAUGAUGCAUCACAGCACAUUAAGGCUCAGACUCAGCAGACCAUGAGAUGCUUGCAGGAGGAGUUUGAGCGGCUUCAUCAGUUUCUGCGAGAUGAAGAGAUGAUCAGAAUAUCUGCACUGAUAGAGGAAGAGAAGCAGAGGAGUCAGAUGAUGAAGGAGGCGAUUGAACAAAUAGACAGAGAGAUCGAAUCUCUUUCAAACAAUAUUGGAACCAUAGAAAAGGAUUUAGAUGCUGCCGACAUGCCCUUUCUACAAAACUUCAGGUUCUCAAAAGAACGAGCCCAGGUCACACUGACGGAUCCAGUGAUGCCUGCGGGAGCCUUGAUGAAUGUGGGACAACACUUGGGGAACCUGAAGUUUGAAGUCUGGAAGAAGAUGAUGCAGAUAGUUCAAUUCGCUCCUGUCACACUGGACCCCAACACUGCACAUCCUCUGCUGUUCCUGACUGAUGAUCUGACCCAGGUGAAAUCCAGUGCUGAUGGUCAGCAGUAUCCAGACAAUCCAGAGAGAUUUGACUAUUAUCACUGUGUGCUGGGAUCUGAGGCCUUAAACUCCGGAACACACUUCUGGGAUGUGGAGGUCCAAAACAACACAUGCUGGUCUGUUGGAGUAACCACAGCAUCUAACCAGAGAAAAGGAGGCAUUUUCUUUGACACUGGAGUGUGGCGUGUGCGUUACAUGGCUGGUCAGUACAUGUCACAGUCACCGUUCAUGCCCCCCAUGCAUAUAACUGUUGAAAAGCAGCUGAAGGUGAUCAGAGUGCAGCUGGACUGGCACGGAGGGAAGAUUUCAUUCUCUUAUCCUCUUACUAACACACGUCUGUGCACGUUCACCAGUACAUUCAAGAGAGCGAUCUAUCCGUUUCUAUAUAACUGCUGUACAGAUGUCCCACUCAGAAUCUUACCCAUGGGACUCAGUAUCAAUGUGAAGCCUCUUCAUUGAGGGGGAGUUUCCUUAUUCUAUUGUUUGUGUUUUCUGCUUUUGCAACACCAUUUGGAUGUUACUUGUCAAUUAAAGUGACAUGUAAAUUACUUUAAGCAUGUAGUAAAUACUAGAAAUCAGAAAUUCAGUUAAUUCGUAACAAGUUUUCUGUUCUGGGUUUAGGCAAAUAUUUUGGAAUAUUUUAUGUGGCAAUAAAGUAAUAAUACAUCAAAUAAAUGUGUGUCCUUCUGAGAAAACAGCAUCAUGUUUUAUUUAUUU